UUAUUUCCUGUUCACUUCUCUUUUCUUUCACAGUUCCACUCUUCUUUCCGGCCUGCUGAGAAACCCAUUCUCUCCCACCGCCGCACAUCCUUUCAGCCGAAAUGAAGGGCUUUUGCUUUGCAUCACAUCGGAUUCGCCGUUGCUUUUUCUCCAUACCAUCUCUCCUCCUCCAAACCCCCACCCCCUGCGCCACCUAUAAACUCCUCUCCACCCAAUCAUGGCUCUUCAACCCUGGAAAGCCCCUGAUGAAAUGGCCUUUUGCGCCUCCACCACAGCCCCCCCAACUUCGUCCCCCCCCCCCCCCCCCCCCCCCGCCCCAACCCCAAAACCCUAACGGUUUUACCACAAUCCGUGACCUCCUUAGAGACCCUAGCCUUUCUCCCGGUCCCUCCCUCGAACAGGCAUUGGACCGGGUCGGAAUCGAGCUCGAUGAGGCGCUUUUCCUUCAUAUUUUCAGCCACUUCGAUUCUUCUCACAAACCCCUUUUGGCCCUCUUUCUCUGGGCGGAGAAGCAGCCCUGGUACAGUUUCUCCGUGGCCGUCUUUAAUGCGAUGAUUAAUGCACUUGGAAAAGGCAGGGACUUCGAUACUGCUUGGUCUUUGAUUCGUGAUCGGAUUAGUUCCCCUGAUGCAGGGCCCAAUUUAGACACAUUCACAAUUAUGGUUAGACGGUAUGCUCGUGCAGGUAUGAACUCUGCAGCCAUUAGAACAUUUGAAUUCUCAUCAACUCUUGAUUUUAUUCGCUCCUUGGAUUCAGCAAACACAUUAUUUGAGAUCCUAUUAGAUUCUUUGUGCAAAGAAGGGCAUGUUAGGGUAGCUUCUGAAUAUUUUGAGAGGCAAAAGGGUCGAGACCCCAGUUGGAUUCCAUCUACAAGAAUUUAUAAUAUUCUGCUGAAUGGAUGGUUCCGGUCUAGAAAGCUGAAGAAGGCUGAAGGGCUUUGGGUGGAGAUGAGAAAGGAAAACAUUAUGCCUAGUGUUGUAACUUAUGGUACCCUUGUCGAAGGAUAUUGCCGUAUGCGCAGAGUAGAGAUUGCAAUGGAGCUGAUAAGUGACAUGAGCAAGGAAGGAAUUCAGCCAAAUGCUAUUGUCUAUAAUCCAAUUAUUGAUGCAUUAGGAGAAGCGGGGAGGUUCAAGGAGGCCUUGGGAAUGAUGGAACGCUUAACAGUAGUGGAAUCUGGUCCCACUAUUUCUACUUACAAUUCACUAGUGAAGGGUUUCUGCAAGGCUGGGGAUCUCUUAGGGGCCAGUAAGAUUCUUAAGAUGAUGAUCAAUAGAGGUUUUACACCAACUCCCACAACUUACAAUUACUUCUUUAGGUACUUUUCAAAGUUUGGGAGGAUUGAAGAAGGCUUAAACCUUUAUACCAAGAUGAUUGAAUCUGGAUAUGAACCUGAUCGGCUUACUUACCAUCUAUUGGUAAAGAUGCUAUGUGAAGAAGAAAAGCUGGAACUAGCAAUGCGGGUUAUCAGAGAAAUGAGGGCUAGGGGGUGGGAUUUGGACUUAGCUACAAGCAGUAUGCUUAUACAUUUACUCUGCAAAAUGCAUCGAUUAGAUGAGGCUAUUAAAGAGUUUGAAGACAUGAUUCGGAGAGGGAUUGUACCUCAAUACCUUACAUAUCAGAGAAUGAUUGAUAAUCUAAAGAAAGAGGGAAUGAAUGAAAAGGUAAAGAAACUUUGUGAUAUGAUGGCCUCUUUGCCACAUUCGAAAAAGUUGCCCAACACAUACACUGAAGUUGGAGAUAGUUCACCUGUAAGAAGAAAAUCUAUAAUUCAGAAAGCUGAAGCAAUGUCUGAAACCUUAAAAACUUGUGCAAACCCAAGAAAGCUUGCAAAACGUAGACAUCAACUUCAGAAUGCUAUGCCAAGUGCAAACCCGUCUAUAGACAGCAUCAAAAGUAGAGUUAACUGAGAACUGAUCUUGAAAUUAUAUCCUUCUGUACAUACCAUUGAAAAAGGGUGGACCUAUCACCAUGUUUUCAUAGAUGCACCAGUCAUGCUUUUUAUCAUUAAAAGGUCAUGAAAUAUUGGUGGGGUUGCUCAUUAGCCAGACAGAAUAGUAUCAGGAUUUGUGGGCUGUAGUCAAUAUGAGGCAUGCACUGACUUUGCACUCUUGAUGCAUCAGUUAACCACUUGUCUGAAUUCGGAAUCUCAUAUCCUGGAAACUUAUCUAGUAACCUGAAAUUGAAGAAUGAUGGGCUUAAUUGGUGCUGCAUUUAGCAAGUGUUGACAUUAAAAGGUUAAUAAUGCUCCAUAAAGAACAAUGUAGAUAGACAUGCACUGAGUGCAGCUGUGCAGGCAAAUUGUCAUUCUUUUAAUUGCUUUGAGCUUGCUACUUUCUUCUGUUGUCCUGGCAAUUUAUCAUUCUUUUUUGCUACCUUUGGAAAGGCUUGAUGGCAAUUAAACAAGUCCUCAACGCAACAUAUUGCUACUCUCUGAAUCCUUAUCAGUGGUACCUGUGAUUGGUUUGGUUUGGUUUGGUUUUUGGGUUUAACUCGUGAUUUUCACCGUCCCAUCCCUUCCUUGAAUUGUAGGCACUUCUAAGGGUGCUAUAGCUGGCCUGGAGACUUAAGGCUUCUCUAUACCAAAAGUCAAGGAUCAAUCCCUUGAUGUGGUUUGGUUUGGUUUGUGUACUCUUCCUUCACUGUUACUCAACUUGAGGAUGUAUUUUGCUGGUUUAAUGGUUGAAUCCCCAAUCCCAAGGGCCUCCCAUGCCCUGGUCUGACAGAGUAUUUGGGAGGAUAUAAAUUACUGUAAUUUAGUGGCUCAACAGACAGGGUCAAAUGUUAAUGCGCACAAAAGAUUUGUUCAAUCUGGGCAUAAUAUUCACACUCCCGCUAUUAAGUUUUGAACUUUGGUUUAGAGUCAAACUAGAUUAUUAGAGGCUAGGUCUCUCUGGGACCUAUUGGAAGGCCUCUCUAAUGUCAAGUUACCAACACAGGCGUCCUCACAUGAAUGAUAUGAAAGGUCACCUCGGGAAGAAUUCUGUUGCUUCUGAGAAACCUGUUCAGUAUUCUCAUUUCUAUAAUGAUAGUGCCAAUAAAGAAGAGGAAUGAUAACUACACAUCCAGAUGAGAGGCAUAACCCACAAUCUGGACUCCAUUGGUGCUCAUGCCUUGAUAGUGACAAAAACAACAAUAUCUGCAAUAAUUUAGCUCACUGUUAAUUCCAAUUUUGAACAAAUCCAAAGCUCAGAGUUCCUGAAAGGACUUCUAUGGUGGUCACGUCCAUUUCCUCUUCGAACAAAUUAUUAUUUGUAACUCAAUUGUGUAUUAUGUACAAGUUUCUUCAAAAGUAAUGAAUAUCACAAUGACAUAUUUACUUCCAAUGUAGUAAACAUUCACACUGUA